UUCGAUGCCACUAAUAAUUUAAUUUUUGUUCUCUUCUUAUCUUAUAGAUUGUUGCAGCCUGCAGGCUUGCAGCAUAACGAGUUACAUAACUAUAUACAAAGGCCCAAUAGACACCUCAAAGGCCCAAUAAAAAAGCCCAGGAAAAACGAAAACGAAGAUAUGAAGUUCUUCUCUAAUCCGAAGCAAGAGGCUCAAACUCACUUUCACUUGCACAAAGAUAAGGAAACCAUGUCUGUGUCAGCGAUCUUUGGUACCGGAAUCGUCACCGUUGCUGCUUCUCCGGUUCUCCGCCAAUUUCAAGUUCCAAAAUUGGGUAAUGGAGGAGGAUUAGGGAUGGUGAUAGAGUGUUCGUCGAGGCCACAGAAGAAAUCGACGGCUCAUCACAGGAAGACGAGGCCGAAGAAGACUCAGCCUUGGGACAUUAAGAGAAAGCCUACUGUUUACGCUCCUCUUCCUCCUCUUCCGGCGGAAUGGAGUCCGUUCACUCUCGCUUCUGACGACGGUGGUGCUGCCACUGCUGCGGGAGAUUUGGUUUCAGGCGCUGCCUAGUUGGUAUGAGUUAUCUGCUGAUUUGGUUGUAAUCUAGUUUGAGAACUUUUGUUGUUGUUUACUGUGUUUUCAGUUUUCUGAUGUUUGUUGUUGGGUUUGUUUGUGUUUGAUUGGUGAAUGAAUGGACCAAAUUUGCGAUUUAUAAAGCUUCAACCUUUCUCCUCUGUUUUUGAGUUUAAAGGUCUCAACUUUAUAGUUUAUAGCUCUCGUCAUUGUCAUCUAUGUUGCUUCUCUAUAAUUGCUUUUUUCCUUUUGGGUCUCAUUAAUUUCUGCAAGUAGUAAUUGAAUUGGGAUGACAAGAGUUUAAGUUUGAUAUGUGAAAAUGAA